AUGUCUGUAGAUCUCAGUGGGAUCACCAUACAACAAGUGCCGCAGUGUGCGCAAAACUGUCUCGCCAACUCGACCCAGGCACAAACUUCAUGUCAAGUCAUUGAUAUUGCAUGCCUCUGCUCCAAUUCGGCCUAUGUGAGCACGCUUUCUUGCUGUCUCGCCACCACAUGCAAUCCUCAAGAGCAAUCUCUUGCUAUCCAGUUCAACCAGGAUGAAUGCUCCAAAGUCAACAAGACAGCUCCUGCCUUCGUCGGAUGCUCACCAUUAAACCUCACAUCUGUGGGUGGUAGUCAGGCCAGCACGCAGACAACACUAUCGACCCAGACAUCAUCCGGAACUUCGCUUGUAUCUACCGUCACUGGCAGCAUUGUUACAGAGCCUCCAUCAUUUAGUGGAGCCACCGUCACAGCAUCGUUUGGAGGAGCUCCAUUGCUGACCGGGACAUGCUCAAACCCAUACUUUGCUCUGGUAACUAAUGCUGCCGGAACGACGAUUCAGUACCCAGCUGUUGGAUGUGGGCCUCACCAACAAAGCUGCUGUCCAUACUCAUUCGGCUCAAAUGCACGGAUAUCACGUUGUCCACAGGACUACUUUACCACGUCCGGAGGCUGUUGUCCUAUAGGCUAUCAGGUGUAUUACACUGGCAUCGGGGCACAAACGCCUUGCUACUCCAUCCCUUCAACUCCUCUCGUCCCUGCAACCACCCGUACCGAUACAGCAAGAUUCAGCUUAGUCUCACAGACGAUCUUCGCACAAAAAUUUGAGCUGGCCGGCCAGGCGGGCGGGGAUGGACUGUCGACAGGUGCUCUGAUCGGCGUCAUCGCUGGGCCUGUCGUUUUUUCUCUACUUGUUAUCAAUUUCGUCAUCUUCUUCAUGCUACGGCGGCGCAAAGUCCGGAGAAUCAGAGAGGCAGAAAGAGCGACGACCUAUCCUCCAUUCGAGCCCAUCAUGCCACAAAAUGAAGUUCCACAGACGCCGCACGAGCUGGCAAGCCCUGACGUUGCCAGGUCGCCUCGAUCACCCCAAAUGGGACAGAUCGGCUGGGUAACAAGCCCAGGGUCUUCACCUCCAGCGUACGAUUCGCAGCGAAAUCUCAAUUUGAUAGGUCCGGCGAAGCUACAGAUUCCUCAGGAUCCCCAAGAAUUGGAGGGAAGCACGUUUAUUCACCAACAUCAUCCUGCAUUCACCGGCGAGCCCACAAGCGCAUCCGCAACAGACAUCUCACCCAAAUUCGAGAGACCCAAGACUCCCAAAACACCUAUCAGGUCUCCACAGGGAAGUGACAGGAACUCGCCUUUGAUAACUCCCUCAUCCGGCAAAGGACCUCUGCCUCGAAGUCCUCCAGCGGUCUCGCCGCCUAAUUCUCCAAGACAAGUGGCUGGACGCUUAGAAUGA